AUGUCAGGCCUCGUGCACAAGGUGAAGACAAAUCACGUGUUCUUGUGCAUGCGAACAUUCGUUGCUUCGCCCGUGACAGAUGUUAACCAGUUCAACCUCACGCGGGCCAUGGCGAGGGACGCGGAAUGGGAGAAGGCGUACCGAGCUAUCCAGAAGCUCUGUCCGGCGGGGGAGAGGAGUGACACUUUGAGGCCUGGCGUCUGGCUUCAGGUGGUGGACACAUUCCUGGAGCCUCAGCAGAUGUCCAUCAACAGGAAGGGCAAGAGCCGAGACGUGUUCGUCGACUACCAGCGCAACCGACCCCCCGUCGACAUGGUGAAGCUGGCGCAAUCGAUCGAGAGGGGAUGGAACCGCGCGAAGGCGGCCUUCUUGGCAAAUGAGCAGGCCGCGUCCAAGAAGACCGGAGAAGGGACGAUGACAGCGGAGCAGGAGAGCGAGAUGAUCGCCGAUAACUCGGAGGACUACCAUCUGAUGUCGUCCAUACAGUACCAGCAAGCUGCGAAGGAGCAGGCGAUAGCGGGCGACACGGUUGCGAAGGAGCACAGACAGGACGGCAUGAGGGUGCGGGACAAGGCUGCGGGUAUCUCCCCCGGCGGAGGUGCCUCCGGUCCUUCAACAGCCAGGGGUGGAAAGUCUGGUCGCGGGCGAGGCGGAGGUUCCGCCCGCGGUGCCUCCGACCGUGUCGGAGGUGAAAAAGAGAUCUACCCGCCGCAUGCAUACCAUUAGACUAUAGUCUAGUUUUUUUACCGGGUGUAGCAAAUAUAUUAGUUCAUCCACAUCCUACCGAAUGACAUAAGUUUUUAUCGUUGAACUGGGAGAAGCACUCCUUUCGCACUCCAUUCACGUACGUGUGCUCUGACGCUCUGGCGUGUCUUCUCCAACAAAACUGUGGUAUCUUCAAAGCAGCCAACGCGGACGGACGCAGUCGGUGGCUCUCCGUUAAUCAUCUCGACGGGUAAUAUUUUUUUCUGCAUGUACGUGCAGUGAUGUCUGGCGGACCAACUCUCUUUUCGGUGUACGUUUCUCGGGUUGCCGUAUCUUUAGCUUCUUGUCCAAGUGUUACAUUCUCGGAUAUCAACCUCCGCACCUCCGCUAGCCGUUGUUCGCGCGGCCACCACUUCUUUGCAAUAAAUUACGAGCUUGAGCCAAAACAUCCACAAAGAACGCACGAGAGAGAAAAGGCGCUCAGUGAAGAAGCCUACUCCCACACCACAGCCUAUAUUAUCGCCGUGGGAGUGCAGAACCCAAUAUCAAACCAAGAAGCGAGUCUAAGGCCAAAAUAUGCGGGUGGUGCGUUCCGCAUGUGCCGUGUGAUCGUGCGAUCAAAGGGCAUUUGAAUGCUUUCUUAUCGCCCUAGGGCGAUUUCCCACCAUGUUGUUCUGUGAGUCUGAAAGAGUGACGGGCGCUUCCUGUGAAGCUGGGUAUUUCUCGUUUUCCUCAAAAGAUGAAUAGGAAAAGAAGAGGUGGUGAGAGUAUAGAGAGAGGCCAAGGCCAUAUAUAUUGAUGAUGUGAAGAAACAUGGUCAAAAGAUAGGAAAAUCCCGCAGCAGCAGUAGUAGUCUACGACAGCAGCAGCGGUAUUCCAUCGAAGUCGCAGACACACAGACCCUCACACACUACAUUUCGUUAAGUCCCCGCAAGUGCACCUCCCGACACAAGCAAGCCCUCCCUACGUACAGCCCCGCAGGCGAGAUCUUUCCAACGCCUACACUUCAGCCCGCACUCUAUGGGUGGCGGGUCUGUCUAUCUUGCCAUCUAUUGUUGGCGCCUCUCGUUAGCGCACAAAUCACAAAAAUAUAGACUAGCCAACGUUGUUCUUCCGACGCCCAUCACCAUCACCUUCGAACUCUUGAGCAAAUAAAAACGUAUGUAAAUGUACCACCUGGAUGGAGGAGGGGGGGUUCAACGCAAGGCCGGGUUACCGUCAAGACACACCGCCAAGGUGCACACCGUACCCGCCCUCUCUUAAGGUGCCUACUACCGCCGAAAUGAGACAACGAAAUACAGCCAAUGAAACGCGCAGUGACAUGAAUAGUCCCAGCAAAGGCCGUCUAUAAAACGCCUUCCUCCUCCUCCUCCUCCUCCACCUCCUCCGCGCCGAAACACCAAAAAGUUACCUUCGGCUCGACAACCCUACCGCCAAGAAACCCCGCGCUUUCAUUUAUCCUCUCAACAGAUGGUGGGUGUCGAAACAGUGGUCGAGAAAAAACGACAGAAAACCACAUGUAAACAAAAAAAGCGGGGGUCGGCGCAUGUCAUCGUCAAGUGGUAUUCGCCAAGCACACACCGACGAGGUAUCCUGCGGCAUGAUGAAAACAACAAAUAAAAAUACCAACUCCAACGCUUGAACACAGCACCCUGCAGGUGGCAGCCAGGUCUGGUUCGACUCCGACUUCCCCCGGGGAGAAAAACGAUGCGUGUGUGCGUACGAACUUCACUUUCUAGGAAGGCUGCGAUGCACUACCGUGGCAGCAGCAUUAUCUACACCGCUCUUGAUAUACGGUAAAUCCAAAACAAUUAAUACAACGAGUCAUAGCAGACGAUGCAGACAAAAAAACGCGGGGCGUUACUACAAUGUUCGGCCGCUACUACAGUGCCAAGAACGAAAAUAAAAAACAACAGCUUCAUGUGAUGCAAAGCGAAGCACAGCAGCAGCAGCAGUAGCAGC